ACAUUUCCUUCCCCGCCCCCGAUAAACUGAAGAACGAUCUGUCAUGGUGGCCGGUAUGUUAGGUUUGUGCGGCCGCCGCCUUUUGGCGGUGGCGGCGAGGCGAGGGCUCCCGGCUGCCCGUGUUCGCUGGGAAUCCGGCUCCUCUAGGGCUGUGAUCGCCCCGUCCGCUGUGGCGGUUAAGCGGCCGCCGGAACCGACUUUACGCUGGCAGGAGGACCCAGAUCCCGAGGACGAAAACCUCUACGAGAAGAACCCAGACUCCCACGGUUAUGACAGGGACCCUGCUGUGGACCUCUGGAACAUGCGGGUCGUCUUUUUCUUUGGCUUCUCCAUCAUCUUGGUCCUUGGCAGCACCUUUGUGGCUUAUCUGCCUGACUACAGGAUGCAGGAGUGGGCCCGCCGGGAAGCUGAGAGGCUUGUAAAAUACCGAGAGGCCAAUGGCCUCCCCAUCAUGGACUCCAACUGCUUCGACCCCAGCAAGAUCCUGCUGCCAGAGGAUGAGGACUGACCGGUUACUGAAAGGGGCUUAAGAAGCACCACCUUCUCCACCCCUUGUCUGCCAUUCUGCCCUCUCUUCAGAGCACCUAAUUAAAGGGACUGAAACUGUGA